AUGGCUGGAGAAUUUGUUACACGUCGCUAUGGCAACCACUACUACUGCAAAGCAAGAAACAUCACUCUGGAACUGUCAUUUCAGUACGAAGAAGUCUUCAGAAAUUGUGAUGUCAUUGUCAUGCCGACUUUACCACAUCCUGCUACAAAAUUUCCACAGACCAGGAACUCAGAAGCAGACUCUCUUAAAGCAUACCUGGAGGAAAGCACACAUCUGCUGGUGAACACGGCAGCAGCCAACCUGACUGGACAUCCAGCCUUGUCUUUACCCCUGGGCAAGCUCGGAGAUGGAAGUGUAGAUAGUCUCAUGAUUGUGGGCCGCAAAUAUGAGGAGCUGACAGUACUGCAAGUUGCCAGGGCUUUGGAGAAAAUUAUUCAAGCCCUACAUUAG